AUGCGAGGAGAUGAAAUUAACUCUUCAUCGCGUUGGCAUGCGAAUAGGAAUGGUGGUUUGCUGCUGAUCAUUAUGACAUUGUGCUGUUUACAAGCCUUAAUGUUAUUGGGAAAUUUGAGUGUUGUUGAAGGCGCUUCUACUGGAAACAUAUAUUACAAAUUUGAUUUGGAUGUUCAGUCUUGGAUAUGGAACAGAUUGAACUAUAAUAAUGGAAAUGUUGAAAGUAAAUAUCUAAGAAAUGAUACUGCGAGUAAUGGAGGAAUUGUAAUAUCAUCAAAUAUUGACAUGUUGAACAUUAUUAAGGCAGAGACUUUUGCAUUGAACUUUACAACCUCAGAUGGAGAUUGUUCAGUUUUAUCAAAUCCAGUUUUAAAAAUUGAUAUGGCCAAUUUCAAAAUUGUCCUGAGUUUAUUUAAUGGUAAUGAGUGGAUAUCCAUCGAGUCCGUCUCUGGUAGUUUUAAUAAUUAUUUGGAAGUAACUAUUUAUCAGAACAGCGUGUAUUUGAAUCUUAAUGGAUACAUUAAUUCUCGUAUUAAUUCAUUCUCCUCUUUGGAUUCGUUUGUAAAUUUCAUUAGUAACUCAAGCAUGUUUGUCAUAGAGCCACAUGUUCAAAUUGAAAAGUUGUCACUUAUUUUACAGACUAGCUCUCAAAAAUCAUGUUUUGGUAUUUUUGCUGAUGAGCCUGGAGUGUGUAGCGGAAAAGGAACUUGUACUGAUCAAGAUGUUUGCCAAUGUGAAAACACUGGCGAUUCACCAGAUAGUGAAUGUAAACCAACCUCGACAAGAUCUAGAGUGGGUAAUUUUUGUAAUAUGAAACAGGACGGUUAUUGUUACGAUAUGUUAGACAACAAAUUAGAUUAUACUAAGGAGACUCUACUUAUGUACAGUUACUUGCAUGAUGGUCCUUUUUGUUCUAAUAUUAUUGAUUUUUUCAACGAUGUAAGCUGCCAAUCUGAAUCAUUUCGAAUAGGGCAAGCCAUUUAUUACGGAGUUCCAGCUCACAGCUCAUAUUUUAGCGUACCUUCUUCAGCAAGCGAUUCUUAUAAGGGAGAGCCAGUUAAGUUGUAUCUGGUUGACAAACUUACUGGUGCUUCUUUUCCUUGUGAAAAUGUAAAGCUCACUCCUGGCCUUGAUAAUGACUUCUCUGUUUCCCUUUCUGAAGACUCGUAUUGCUCAAUUACGGAUCCAAAUAUUUACUUGCUACUUAGUGGUGAGUUUACAUUCAAUUUCUACUUUUCUCCGUUGUCACUUGAAUCUGCUAUGACCCUUUUUGAUUAUGUAAACCGAUUCAAAGUUUUCAUUAGCUCAGAAAAGUUUUUGGUUGUGGAUUUGUCACCUAUUGCAGAAGGAAAAAGUAUGGUUUUGGAUCCAAACCUUAAAGUCAACAGUACAUAUCAAGUAACGAUUACUAGAAACCAAAAUAUGGACGGUACUGACACUUUCGAGACUCGUGUUUAUAGCUACCAAGGCUAUUUAUCCACUAAUAUAACUCUUUCAGCCAACGCAACUGUUGACAAAGUAGUUCAAAGUGCUUCUAUUGGAAGAAAUUUCAAGGAUGGGUUUUUGUGGCAAUUUAUUGGAUCAUUAGGUGGUUUGAAAUACUCUCCAAAAUAUUCCACCCCGUCAGAAAUAUUCAACAAACCCAUUGUAAUGUGUUUUGGGAAAGAAUCAGCUGAUCCAACAGUUUGUAGUGGCCAUGGUUCGUGCACGAAAAACGAUACCUGCAAUUGUUAUAAGUUUUUUAAAGGCGAUAAGUGUGACUACGAGGUAACAUGCAGGGGAAUUAGUGGAAACAGUUCUCUGGUUUGUAGUGGAAAUGGUUAUUGUGAUGAGAUUACGGAAAAAUGUAAAUGUAAGACACCAUAUUAUGGUGUUUCAUGUCAGAUAAUAGAUACAACAGUAGUCCUUUUGGGUGGUUAUAUUGGGCUUAAAACAAAUUUUGAGGCUGACCUUAGUUACACAAUGGAACCUAUUGUUAUUAAUUUUACUACCAGUUCUUCAAAAAAAACCAGUAGCUCAGAGCAAAAAAGACUUUCCAAAUUUAAAAACAAUCCUGUUUCUUAUGAGUCAUUUAAGGAUAAGCUCAUUACAUACCAGGUAUUCAAAGGCUCACUAUUGGUUACCGUUGAUCAGUCAUGGGCAAGUUAUGACCUAUCUACACAACCUGUCUUUUACAUUUCAUCUAUUUCUCCAAUAGGAAUCUGGUCUCUACAAGAAUUACAUCUUCAAAACUAUUUAACCACUGGAGGUCCAACAAACUCUCCAAGAUCAUUAAGGUUACUAAGCAACGGUCUUCAGUAUUUUGUAUUGAAUUUGAAUGACAACAAUCUAUUAAUAGAAAGAUUUAACUCAGAUAAGCAGAAAUACAAAUCUUCCUCAAUUAGUAAUACACUGUUCACUCCAGACCUAAUAAGAUACGGACAACCUAUAGUACGAAGUGACGGCACAAUCAAUGUAUACAUGCCAAUUAUCGAGGAAGGAUCAAAUCAAACUAUUCUUAUUCUAUCCUUGAAUCAAUAUGAUGAAAAAUUGGAUUUUUUUACAAUAUCCAAUGAUCCACAGAUAAUACCAUAUUUCUCAAUUUUUAAUGGUACAGAGGAAAGAAUAAUUACAUACAGUGAAAAGGGCAUUAAUGUCUACUCUCUAUCUCAGAUUUUCGAAGUACGUAAAUUGGCAACAAUCCCUUGGCCUUGGGAACAUUUUUCAUUUGCUACAGAAAGAUAUUUACUUACCGCAUUCCAAACAGAUAUAUCCAUUGGUAUUUACUAUAACGAGUUCGUUACUGUUUAUGCAUUUCAAACUAGCCAAAUAUUAUUUAUUUCCCCAAGUGAUCUAUCAUCCAACGAAAAGAAAUCACCAGACUUGCCACCUCCUUCCUACUAUUUUUAUGAUAGUGAAAAAUAUGUUAUUAAGAUUCCUCCUGUUGCCAAUGAUAAUACUACUAAUUGUACAACAUUUGACAACACAACUACUAAUUGUACAUAUGACAAUACAACAAUAACUAAUUGUACAACAUGUGGCAACACACCUAUUCAUCUUGACUCAACAAACAAUUCGAGUUACGUAGACAAUUCAAAAAGUUCCAACACAACAACAUAUUACAACUCAAAUGGAUCAUCCAACUCUACUGGUUCUAAUGGAAGUGUUAUAUGUACUCCCGAUGGUCAGUUUGAAGAUUUUGUUCUCAAUCUUGAAAAGAAGUAUAAUAGCAAGUUUUUACUAACUUUAACUAUAAGAAAAAUUAGUGUUUGCGGCUACUAUUUCACUUACAAGAAACAAAAUCUUACAGAAUUGACUAUUUCUAGACCAAUGCCAGGCACUACAGAUUCUUUUCUCGAUAAGUUAGUGAAAACCCAGAAAAUGAAUGAUACGGCUAUUAUCACUAUUGAUACUUCCUUAAUUGAUGAACCAGUGCCUAAUGUAUUUAUUGUAAACCCCACAAGCCCUGUUCCUGUAAAUGUGACUCUCACUAUUCCAACAAAUAACGCCACAUCGAGAAUUCUUUCAAGUGGAGAAGACUUCUAUGCGUUAGUUUUGGAUGGAAAUCAAUUGAUUGUUUAUUAUUAUCUCCCAAAUGACUUUAAUGUACCAUUUAGAUAUUCAUACUGUCCAGGUGUCUUUACACCAGAGCAAAUAAGAUAUGGUACUCCUCUUCUUAGAAAGAAUGGUGUUUUAGAAUUUUACAUGCCAAUUAUCGAAGAGAGUAAAUCACAAGUUCAAACCAUUCAAAAAUUAUCAUUAACUGGAGGUUCAAACACUGUUUCAUCAUUUAAAAUAGCAAAUAACCCAAAUGCAAUUCCUUACUUCUUUAUCUUUGAUGGUUUUGAUGAAAGUGUUGUAGUGGUUAAUGAAGAGGGAUCUUUCUUCUAUUCAGUUGUAGUUAAUGGGACUUCCUCAGAUACUGAACUAGCUAUGUAUUAUAAUAACACAAAGAUGAGUUUAAAAAAUUCUACAAGAGUUUACCAAACUGAUAAUGCUAUAGUUAUUUCACAAGCUGAUGGUUCAAGUAUACUUACACCUUCUGAUAAAUUAAUUGAACCAGUUGAAAGAAAGAUCAACACAGUUUUAUUGCCAAACCCUAAAACACUCUAUUUUGAUGAUGCUAUAUAUCAAGUUAAAACUAAUGAAUCCUCCAUUAGUAAGGGUAGCAAUGAUGUGGACAAAAAUUCUGAAGGAAGUAAUAAUCAGACAGUAUCUAAUACAGCAAGUAACAAUUCAACAUUGGGCUCUCAAAACACAACAUCAUCAAAUAGUUCACUUUCAGGAACCUCUACUGGCUCUACUAAUUGUACAAGCAGCGAUUCAACAAAUGACACUUCUUCAAACAAUAACACAGAAACCUUCUCUGAUAGUGGAAACAAUGAUACAAAUAGCACAGGAGAAUCCAGAACUACUGUUUCAAAUAACACUGCUAUCACAAACAAUCAAACUCUUGAAAAUAAUUCAUCCUCAUAUUUGAAUUCAAAUUCUUCGAAUGGAAUUAUAUCAAAUAGCAGUAACAUUUCUAAUAGCACCAUUAACUUUAAUUCUAGCACUUUACAAAAUAAUACAGAUCAAUUAGGUGGUAAUACCUCUAUCAGUUCAUCAAACAAUACCUCAUUGAAUAAUCAAACUAACAUUUCAAAUAACCAAACAAUCUUUGGAAAAAAUGAAACAAAUAGUACAGGAAUAGUAGAUACAUUAGGUUCUAAUAAUACUGUUUCAAAUAACACUGCCAUGACAAAUAAUCAAACUCUUGAAAAUAAUAAUACUGUUUCAAGUAAUCAAACUUCCAUUUCAAACAAUAGAAAUGAUACAUCAAAUAGUGGACUCAAUUCAACUCUAGUUAUGAAUGUUACCUCUUCUACCAAUUUUAAAAAUAGCACUCAAGAUUCAAACUAUACUAUUGGUAUUAAUGAAACAUCAACUGAUGGUUUAAACACUUCUCAGGUGGUAUCAAAUUUAACUGGUUCAGAAAGUCUUAAUAACACAAGCGAAAGUUCAACAAAUUCAACGCUUAAUCAGACGAGUAAUUACAACGAAACUAUUAAGAAUCAAAGUGGUUCGUCCAAUACAUCACUUGAUUCUGCAACGGUUAAUUCUACAAACACAACCAAUGUUGUUAAUGAAACUAUCAUCCAGAAUCAAACAAGUGUUCAAAAUGGGUCUAUUAUUUAUUCUUCCAAUAGUACUAAUACCAACAAUACUAAUCAAGAAAGUGAAGGACAUAACUCCACAACAAUUCAAAACGGAACAAUUAAUUCUACAAACUCUCUAAUUAAUGUAAAUAGUAGCAAUACUAUUAAUAACUAUACAUCAAUGAGUAAUGACACAAUGAUUCAAAAUUCCACAAACAAUAAUGCAACGUCUAACUCGACCAUUAAUUCUUCUUACAAUAGUUCUACAACGAAUAGUUAUUCUAAUUUCACUAAUUCUACUCUCAAUAAUUCAAGUAAUGAUAAUACUACCUGGAAUUAUAAUUCCAAUUCAACAAAUAAUCAUGGUAUAAAUAGUACUAUUAAUCAAAAUAAUUCAACAAGUAAUGGAGCUACAAACACAACCAAUGUUUUUAAUGAAACUCUCAACAAGAAUCAAACAAGUGUUCAAAAUGGAUCCAUUAUUUAUUCUUCCAACAUUACCAAUAAUUCUAAUUCGAAUGGAAAUAACUCUAAUUCUACUGUCAAUAAUUCAAGUAAUGGAACAUUUAAUGUAACUAAUUCUCAUGGUAACAGUUCAUUGCUGAACAACUCUGACUCAUCAAACAUUACCUCUAUUGAUAAUCAUGGUAUAAAUGGUACUAUUAAUCAAAAUAAUUCAACAAGUAGUGGUAAUAAUUCAAUUAUUGACACAACUAAUUCAACAAGUAAUAUCAAUAAUGGAAGUAGUCAUUCAAAUCAAUCAAGUGUGAUAUCCAAUUCCACAACUGAAUCGCUAUCGAAUAAUUCAUCUAAUAUUUUGAAUUUUAGUAACAUUUCUACAAAUAGUUCUACAAGUAAUAUUACUAAUUCUAAUGGAAACUAUUCUACUAUUACUUCUAAUUCUACUACUAUCAAUACAAGUAAUGGAACAUUUACUAAUAGUAACAACACUUCUCAGAAUUCAUCAAAUCUUUCCUCCAAUGUCUUGAAUAACUCAACUUCCAAUUAUGAUACUUCUAAUUCCACCAAUGAAACCAACUAUGGUUCAAAUAGUACAAUUCUAGUUUCUAAUAAUACUUCUUCACAAACUAAUAAUUCAACCAUCUCUAAUUCAAUGAAUAACUCAUAUCCAAGUGUAUCCAAUAGUUCAAAUAGUAAUACCAAUAGUUCUAAUAAUUCUAAUAACAGUACAAUUGACGAUUCGUCACCAACAGGCAAUAAUUCCAGUCAAGUUAAUGGUACUACUUCAAUGUCUGACAAUUCUACAUUAUCACACAAUAGCUCAAAUUCAUCCAACAAUACUACUGAAUCAAAUAAUGGAUUUAAUAAUUCUAUCAAUUCAACCAGUUCAAAUAAUGGAUCUAAUACUUCUCAGAGUUCUAACAAUUCAACCAGUUCAAGUAACGCAUCUAAUUCAACAAUUGAUUCUAAUCAUUUUACUCCAAACGAAACUCUUAAUACUACAACACCAACAUCUAAUUCUGGAAAUAAUGAUCCAACAGCUCCAUCAAUUCCUAAAACGUACUGUUUUGGUGUUGAACAAACAUCUAAUUUAACAUGUUUUGGAAAUGGAAUUUGUAUUUCAAAUGAUACUUGUUCAUGUUUGGAGAAUUAUAUUGGAUUGAAUUGCUCCAUUCCAGUUUGUUUUGGUACACCUGGAAUUAAUUCAAGUGUUUGUGGAGGAAAUGGUAAAUGUAUUGAAGGUAACUUGUGUAAAUGUCAUGAUGGAUUUACUGGUCAAUUAUGUCAAUAUCAAACCACAACUGAAUUGUGUAAAGGUUCAUUUGUACCAGCAGAACAAAUCACAGUGAUAGAUUCUAACAUUUAUUUACAAAAAUCGUUGAUGGAUACUGUUUGUGGUAAAUCUUUGAUAUUACAAAGUACAACUUUAUUAGAAGGUAUUCCAUCCAAUGUUACUAAUAGUAAUUUAUUGAAAUAUUACACUAUUACAACAGAUGUAAAUACUGAAAGUGGUGACAAAUUUUUAACUUUUGAUACCUUAUUAUAUAAGAGUAAGAUUCCAAAUUCUUUAAUUAUUUGGAAGAUUGACAAGUUCAGUAAUGCAACUCAAAUGAUUAUUCCAAUUAUAAAUACAAUGGAUAAUGCAACAUAUGGUCUUGUCAAAAUUAUUGAUAAUCCAAAUGGUGAUUUACUUGGUAUCACAUUGAAAGAUAAUUCAACGAAUGUUACAAUCUUGGAAAUUGAUACAUCAAGUAAGGAAGCAAAUAUUUCAUCAGUUUUUGAUAAGGGACCAAUUUCAUUCACAGAUAUUGAUAAAGGAAAUCAAGUUUUCAAUCCAUCAACCAAUACAACAACAUUCACCUUCUUCAAAGAAGGAACUUCAAAUUCAAGUUUAUUGGUAUCAGUUAAUAUUGAAGCACCAAAUGAAACCCCAAAAGAAAUUGUCAUUCCUCAAAGUACUCAGAAAUAUUUUACACUUGUUUUAUAUGAUCAUCCAGAUCAAUAUUUAUUAUCGAGUGAUCAACAAACAACAACUAUCAGUACAAUUGUUCCAGAUAUUGAUUCAUCAAGUCCAGAAUUCAAUGAAUUAGCCUCAGAUUCAAACUUUGUUGUUAAUAAGAAUGAUUUGGUUGUUCUCACGAAAGAUACUGAAAAGAUUACAGUGACCAAUGUGAAUACAGAUGUAUCUUUGAUUAUUGCAGUUUCUCAAUUAACUCCAGAUUCAUCAGUUUUUGAUCAAAGUACUCAAUUAACAAAAUUCCAACCUAUUGCUUAUAUUAAUAAUGAUCAAAGUGAGGCAACAGUUUUAUCUAUUAGAAAGAUUUAUCCAUUAUAUGUUCCAGUGACUGGUUCAAUUCCAAUUUAUUUGGAAGGAAAUUAUGUUUUACCAGGAACAAGACCUUAUUUAAUUCUCAAAUAUGAUCCUCUUAAUUUGAUUCUUGCUCGUUUACCAGUUCAAACCUCAGGAAGUAGAACAAGAACUACAUUCAAGCCAUUCGUUAAUGCAAAGGAUUUGAUAAGCAACUUUCCCCAAGAUUUGGUAAUGAAGGAUUCAUUUAAAGUUUCAGUUCAAAUUGAAUUAAUUAGUGAAACAUCAGAUCCAAUACCAAUUUCAACCGAUACCGAAUUGACAUUGUAUAGAUUUGAUUUAUUGAAAGUUUUACCAAAACAAGCUUAUUUUGGUGAUAGGAUUCUUGCAAUGGCAACAUUCUUCCCACCAACCAAUAAUGUCAAUCUUUUCAUUCGUCAACAAUAUUCCACUGAAGAAACUCAAAUUGCAUGCACAGUUCUCAAUUCAACAUUUUGUUCAGCUAAACUUCCAUUAUUGGGAACAAGUGAUUCCAUAAUGAAUAUAAGAGCAGCUUUGAUUCAAGAUUCAAUUUCGAGUAAUUAUGAUACCAAAUUAUUUAUCAGAUAUGUUGAUCCAGAAGUUGUAAAAGUUACUUCUUUGGAUAAAUUUGAUACAAGUAUUUCACCUCCAGAAGAUAUUCCAGAUCAAGAUACAACACCUCCAAUCAUUCAAAGACAAGAAACAACUGAAACAGUUCAACCACCUUUGAUCAUUAAAAUGAAUAUUGGUAAAUUGAACAAAUCAAAAUGUACAGACAAACCAAUUAGACAAGUUGUUGCAUCAUCAGAUUUACAUGAUAUCAGUAAUAUUGUAUCACUUGAUUUUAAAUUAUCACCAUUCUCAAAUAUUGAAAAUGGUAAUUUAAUUGAAUUUUGGAUUUCUAAAAAGAAUAAUGGAACAUUCUUUGGUGGAUUAUCUUUUGAAAAUGGAAAACAAGUUUUAUCAGGAGGUGAAUUAUCAAGUGGAAUGAAAUCAUCCGCCUCUUGUUUAUUCAGUUCAGGUGUUUCUUACAGAAUUUCAAUGAAAUUAACAGAGAAGGGAACGAAAUGGGAAUUGAAAAAUAUUAAUCUUGAUAUGAUUGAUUGUAGUCUUAAUUUUGUUUCUGAUAAUUCCAAAAUUCUUGCCAAACCAACUGGAUAUCAAUUUGGAAUUGGACAAGCUUUUUCAUGCGCUCAAUUACUUUCUGGCAUCUCUCAAAUUCCUGAAUUAACUGUGAGUAGUAUGAUGGAAGUUUGUGUCACUUGUGCAAAAUCAGACUUCUCACUCACUCAAAUUGAUUAUUUACCUUACAUUGUAGGUGGCUCAAUUGGUUUACUCUUGGUGGUAGCGUUUUGUGCCACUCUUGUAGCUGGUGUUGGAUGGUAUUUUAUUAGAAGAAAAAAGAAAAAUAAUGUUGGAAAAUAUGUAUUUUACGAUAAUAACACAAGUAGAGAUAGCACUUUACAAGAUUUAUUCGAAAAAAUUAACACCAACUCUUCAAUUGAUUCAACACCUACAACAACCACAGAGGACUUUAAUAUGGAUGCAGAAGAAGAUGAUAUUGGUGAUUUUAUAACAAGAGGUGUAAGCUAUAAUACUUGGGUAUAA